GUGAUUCGUGAAAGGAAUGGUUUUGUUUUAACCAGAGAGUUCCUGACGGGCUUCCACAAGCGUAAGCUGGAGCGGAGGAGAGCAGCGCUGGAGGAGAUGAAGAGCAAGCUGAAGGAGGAGCAGAAGCGCGUCAGAGAAGAGAGACGCAAAGAAUAUUUCAAGAUGCUGCAGGAGCGCCGCCAGGCUCUGGAUGAAGCAGACGAGCUGGUGGACGCCAUCACAGCCACGAAAGAGAGCGUUCAGUAUGACCAUCCCAACCACACCGUCACCGUGACGACCAUCAGCGACCUCGACCUAUCAGCAGACAGAUUACUGGAGCCAGAGCAGAGAAAUGAAGAGCGUGAGGAGGAGAAGGAUGGUGAAAAAAUACAGGCCCUCCCGAGGACAGCUGGACACCCCCUCAUGUCUGAAAAGAUCCAGAGGCUCACGGCGUCACUGAACAGUCUCUCUAAACAGAAGAAGAAGAGGAGGAAAUGGAAGCCCAAAGAGGAAAUGAGGCAGGGAAACCAUCAGAGCGACUGGAAGUCGUCAUCAUUCACUCACAACAAGAAGUUGCGGAAGGCAAAAUCCACCAAAGCACAGAGACGCAAAUGGACGGGCCAGAACGAGCGCAACCAGGACUGAUGAACGCCAGACUCGCGGGAGAAUAGUAGCGAUUAGUCGCCCGGCGCAGCGCUAAACUCACGAACUCUCGACUGAUGCGACGCUGAUGUGUUUGUGUUUUACAUGUUUGAUGCUUUAAGGACAUUA